UGCGCGAAUAAUUGAAGUCAGAAGUCAUGACAAGAGCACUUUAAUCAGUCUAAAUGCUUUUAUGUUUAUUAGUGCAUAUCUAUCCACUUAUUCAAGAUGAAAACAAUUUAUUUUAUUGUUUUAUUAUUUAGUUCUAUAAUAUAUUGUGCCCUAUGUGAAGAAAGUGAAAAUACGCCGAUUGUUUUGUGGCAUGGAAUGGGUGACAGUUGCUGCUUCCCAUUUAGUUUGGGAGGAUUUAAAGACAAACUAAACGAAACACUCGGAACCUAUAUAUACUCAAUUGAAAUUGGAUCAAACGUAAUUGAAGAUGUGGAAAACGGAUUUUUCAAACAUCCGUCUGAACAAAUUGAAGAGGUGUGUAAAACGCUUUCCGCCGAUCCUAAGCUAGCAAACGGAUUCAAUGCCAUUGGAUUUUCACAAGGAGGGCAAUUUUUGAGAGGUCUAAUUCAGAGAUGUCCGACAAUUAAAGUAAAAAGUUUAAUUUCUUUGGGAGGACAACAUCAAGGAGUAUAUGGCCUUCCACGAUGUGGCGCUUUAUCAAUUUCUUUGUGUGAUUACUUGAGAAAACUUCUCAAUCAUGCUGCUUAUAUAGACGUUGUACAGAAAACGCUAGUUCAAGCAACAUACUGGCACGAUCCUCUAGAUGAAGCAACAUACAAAAAAGAAAGUACUUUCUUGGCGGAUAUAAAUAACGAACGAACAAUCAACGCAGAUUAUAUUGCCAGACUUCAACAACUAGAACACUUGGUUUUAGUUAAAUUUGACAAUGAUACUAUGGUUCAACCAGUAGAGUCAGAAUGGUUUGGAUUCUAUAAACCUGGACAAUCUGUUGAAGUUGAAAGUUUAGAAGACUCUACCUUUUUUGAAGAAGAUCGAUUGGGAUUGAAAAAAUUAGUUCAAGAAUCCAGAAUUCAUUUUCUUUCAGUCGAAGGUGACCAUUUGAGAUUUCCCUGGUCGUGGUUCGAAGAAUAUAUUAUAGAAAUUUUUUUGAAAAAUUCAUUUUAAUAUUGAUAUAAAAUAAAAAUUAUUUAGUUAUA